GUGUCGUGUCGUGUCGACUGAUAAAACGCUAAGAAGAGCAAGUAAAUAUAUGUUAACUAAUACUGCCGAUUUAAUUAAAUGCUCAAAACCUGUUAAGAUACAAUAAUAAUAUGUUUAUAUACCACGAAGGCGAAAUUUUAUUCAAAGAAAAAUAUGGUUCAAGUCCAAUGGAAAGGUUCUAUGUGAAGCCUCCAGAACAAAUUAAUUUAGUAGUUUUAGAAGAGGGGAAACCAAAUGGUCUUCAAAAUUGGUUCUCGCAAAUCUUUUUGCCCCAUGGUUACCCUGACAGUGUAAGCAAAGACUACAUUGCUUAUCAAAUGUGGGACACAGCACAGGCUUUCAGCAGUACUAUUACAGGCACAUUAGCAACUCAAGAAGUAUUGCGAGGUGUAGGAGUGGGAAGUACACAGGCGUCACCAUUAGCUGCUACCAUAACAUGGGUUCUCAAGGAUGGAUGUGGCCAUAUUGGAAGAAUACUCUUUGCAUACACUCACGGCACAAAUCUGGAUGCCUAUAGCAAAAAGUGGCGUUUGUAUGCAGAUGUAUUAAAUGAUGCUGCAAUGUGCCUUGAGGUAGCGCUGCCUGUGUUCAAACCACACACCACAUUGAUUUUGUGUAUCAGUACAACUAUGAAGGCCAUUGUUGGAGUAGCAGGUGGGGCCACAAGAGUGGCGCUAACACAGCAUCAUGCGCUACGCGGAAAUAUGGCCGAUGUGAAUGCCAAGGAUUCUGCCCAGGAAACUGCAGUCAACCUCGUUGCGUCCUUCACUGCCUUACUGUUAAUUACUAUCUGCGGGAGUUCUAUUACGCUGUUUUUCCUGAUGAUAGUGCUGCACAUAGUUUUUAACUACUGUGCGGUAAGGGCAGUUUGUUUGAGAACACUUAACGAACCAAGAUUUAUUCAAGUCAUCGAUACUUAUCUCAAGCACGAAGUUAUCUCAAACCCUUGCGAAAUUAACCAAAAUGAACCAAUCAUUUUCUACCAAAUGGGGAAAAAUUUUUUAGAUUUAAAACAAUGUGGAUUCCACAUUGAACUUGGAUGUUCAAUAAAAAGAUUAAUGUGGUUUAAACCGAAACAUGCAUAUUGGAAUUCUAUUAAAAAUGUAUAUGCCGAUAAAGAGUACAUGUUGUAUGGUGACAUUGCUAGAAGAGAAAUGUACGUUUUGCUAGGCGAAGAAUCUACCGUGGAUAGCACAUUAUGUGCUUAUUUUCACGCAGUGUUGCUGUCUAUAAUAAUAUGUGCUAUAAAUGAUGAACCUUUGGCUGUGUAUGCAAACCAAGAGAACCCUCGUCCUUUCGCCCAAGUAUGCCAUACAAUACAGGCUGCUCACUGGAGUCGUGAAGCAACAGACAAAGUGGGAAAUAGCGGCUUCCUCUACGAACCGUCAUAUGAUCUAUUGGAAUUUGUUGACAAAAUAGUCCAAAAAGAAUGGCCACAAAUCAGACUUGGACUCAGACAAACGGGCUGGGACCUGAGCAAACACUUACUGCUGGUUGAUGAGUGGCGUAUGUCUACUCACUUUCUGAAAGCUAAGGAUGUGCGGGUAUCGGUAGCCGAAGACGAAUCCUCUCCAACUUACCGCACGACUUCACUGCGAUCACUUAACCAAGACGCGUUAUCACAACAAAAAAGUAGCAAAAGUCUUAUCAAAGAUAAAAUAAACGUAACUAGAGAAACAUUUACUAUUGAACCAGCGAUGGUAUCGUCCGAGCUCACACUAAUAGCUCCAUCAGUGAAUUUGUCAAAAGCCCAGCUACAUAGCGAAGACAAUCUGAAAGCGUCAUCCUCCCAGCAAAUGUCGAGUAAAAUUAAAUUGGAAUCGCCUACCAAGCAGCAAUCUGCAUCCAAAUCAAAACUGGAAGUGCAUGAAAAUUCUAAACAAACGCUAGAAUCCUCAAGCAAACCGAAGAUUGUAAAGAAAAUUAGUAUCGAAUCCCCACUAACCUGUCCCAAAAAAGAGCCAUCACUUAAAAUUAACCCUUCCGAAAAAACCAAACAUGAUUGACAUUGAUACCAGCAAGAAUUAAGAUUAAUACGUAAGUCUAAGUUAUAAUAUCAAGUUCAAAAAAUACAUUCCGAUAUUUUAUUCUUAGGCUUGAUAAGAUUUUUGUAAUUCUGUUAUUAGGUCUUUACCUAUAAAAUUGCUGUUUUUAUUUUUAUCUUUUAGAAGUAUUAGCUAUUAUUUUCGUUGUAGGUACUUUUACGAUUUUAUUGAAGUUCAUUAAUGUCUACUAUAGAAACCCUGGGGACAGAACUUGAUGAACUUUUCAAAGGCGUUAAAAACCGCCUUAUCAGAUUACCUAUGCAAUUUUUGGUGCGACCAUUAUAGAGCUAUGCAUUACCUACCACGUUAAUUUAGCAGAAAGCUCGGUGAAGCGUGAGUACCUUCUUUGUUCUAUUCCGUGAUGGGUACAAAGCUCAUCUUGCGAUAGAUGUACCCCCGACUAGGCCAAUUGGGAAUUUAGUUGUGAGCUUAUGUUAAAAGUUAUUCAAAUUCCGAAAUAAGGAAAAUCAUUUAAAGAAAUGUCUGGCAGGUUCUAUACGUGACGUGAGAUGCUAGUCGAAGCAUGUUGCUAGUUGACAUGUUGCUAUUUAUAUAUAAACUACACAUAUAAUACUGUCCUUGUAGUAACUUAUUAAAAUUAAAUAUACAUAUGAUAGUAUAAAAAUAAUCAUGAUUCAAUUACUACUAGUUUUAAAGUUUUAUUUCCGUCUGCUUAGCAUUUGGUAUAAACUAAAUUCGUUCCGAAGUCCCAGUCGCUGUUUGAUGUGACACGCACGUCCUUGAUACAGUUACGUGCCCGUCGUGGUAAACAGUGUUACAGCCGAGACUACUACUCAUGCAAAAUUGUGUGACUGGCGUUGAUGAGGAAGCGUAUAAUAAAACACAAAAUACUACCAUACCACUUUAUUUUUAGUAUUGUCAAAUUAUUGAUUCGCGUCGUGACGGAGCAACGCGUGGUCGCACCGUCUCUACUGCUGAUAACGUUCAUACUGUUCAGCAAGUACAUGCAUACCGUCGACAGCUAGGUGAUUUAGAAUAAAUAUUGAUGAACAUUUCGCUAAUAAUAACUAUUUUGCCAAGGUGCUAGCCGAGCUGCUACCAACGUCUUCGAAGGGUUUCGAUUACUGCCCCUAUUUAGAACUAGCUAUAUAUCCCUGCAGUAUCUUUUUCGAAUAAUCCACAUCAGUUCUCGAUUAAUUAUAAAUUAUGUAAAUACUUUGGUAACUCGAAAUAAAUUAUAGUACAUACAGCUAAAAGCCCUUCAAUAUAGAAGAAUAAUAAAUUACAGAAGAUAACAUGCUGCUGAGGAAAGUAUAGCGAAGUAUGAAAAUAUUGUUUCAAAAAUCUGAUCACACUUCUCUAAGUACCUACGAGACCACUCACUUCUACAUUACUACAAUUGAGACUAAAUAUGACCACAAUUUGAUUACUAUUGCAGCACUAAGUACAAUCAACCAAAAUACUGA